AUGAAUCCAGGUAAAGAUCACAAAUCCUAUAUAGACUACGUCAACCUUCGAGCUCAGUCAAAUCCCUGUAUCAAUGGGCUCGAACGAUAUUUACAGCAACCAGCGACUCGUUCAAGCGAUGUCGUCUACAUCGAUUACCCUACGGAGCAGAGCUCACCUGAGCUCCAGCCAAUCAGAGCGGAGAGUGAUAAGAUAACAAAUCUAAUCGAUACGCUAUCUCGAGCCACUAUUACGCGACUGAUUCUUAUCGAAGAUAUCAGUCCUCAGCUUAUAAGUUUAGUUGGAAAUAGGUUGGAUAUCGACCCUCUUUUCUUCGCCGACUAUGUCAACACAAGUUUUGAGAACAUCGAGCUGGCGCCACCACCACCUUCCCUUGCAAUAUUGCCGUCAUUGCUGUCCCAACGCGGAUACCUACAUCUCCAUUACCAGCAAGUACUAGAUUUGGGCGAAGCUGGCGUACUUGAAGAUGCUGCAUACGCCCUGAAAACAGACGCAAAUGUGACUCGCAAUAUCCGUCGCCUUGUUCCUCUUUCGGGAAAGCAGCUAGCCCUUGCUCGCGCGACCUGCUCCCUGUUCAUCAAAUCAAUCGGUAGUUCUUCUAUCUGUCUCAUCUUGGUCGAUCGACCUAUACGAUCUGCGAUUGAAGGACUGGGUACUCAGAGUCAGAAGAGUUAUCCUGCUCAACACUUGCAUGGUGGUUUCGAAGAUGUCGCGACAUCACACACACCGGCGAGUUCCACGCAUAAGUGGAGCAGAGAUUCGAUGCUUGACAGUUUGACCUAUUACCUCCGGCACCAAAAACAGGAAGGUUCCACCAGCAUGUUCAUGAGCAUUAUGAACUUCGCCUACUAUCCCAUCCGCAUAGUCCUUUCCGAAUGGAACCUUUAUAUGCAUCUCAUUAGCCGCUUCUCCAAGCAUUACGAAUACUCUCUUCAGGACAUCACAAGCCGCCUUCAUGGCGAAGAUAUAGUCGACUUGCAGCGAUGGCGACGCCGACUGAAACAGAGUCGACACAAACUCAGCAUUAUCGCCGAGUUUGUCGAGCAGCACGGCGAUGGCGAGACAGCCUGGAAAAUGGUUCUCAAAGACAUUAACUAUCUACAGAGUCAAUUCCAAGAUUACGGACAGUCUCUGGAACAAAUGGUCACUGUCGCGACGACAAUGAUACAGCUUCUUGAAUCACGACGCUCUAUCCUCGAAGCUGUCAGCGUCCGACGCUUGACAUAUAUAGCUCUGGUCUUUGCACCUCUGGCCUGGGUUGCGAGUUUAUUCAGUAUGGAAGACGCGUACCUGCCAGGCAAUGAUAGAUUCUGGGUUUACUUUGCCACGGCGCUGCCUCUGAUUGUUAUAGUUAUUCUCUUGUCGACUCUUGAAUGGGAUGGAGUAAGGCGGCUUUUCAGGCAAGGUUGGAAGUCCAGUAUCGGGGAUUUCACUGCGAGGUCUAAAAGCAAUGCUAUAAAGCCCGAUGUAGUGUAA